CUUUCUCAUCCUUCUCCAAGUUGAUAUCUUUGAAAUAGUAUAAAGUCAUCAGAAAAUGGGUUCCAAGGCAUUUCUUUUCCUUGGCCUUGCAUUGGCUCUUGUUCUUCUCAUUACUUCAGAGGUGGCAGCUAGAGACUUGGCUGAAACUACCACUGAGAAAAUGACAGCUACUGAGACAAAUGGGGUAGAUGAUGCCAAGCAUGAAGGGUAUCGCGGGAACCGAGGUGGUGGCGGAUACGGUGGUUGGAAUAGAGGAGGUGGAUAUGGUGGUGGCGGCGGAUACGGUGGUGGGAACCGAGGUGGCGGAUAUGGUGGUGGUGGCAGAUACGGUGGUGGGAACCGAGGUGGAGGAUAUGGUGGAGGGAACAGAGGUGGCGGAUAUGGGGGUGGUUAUGGUGGUGGCGGUGGCGGUGGAUACGGUGGUGGGAACAGAGGCGGCGGAUAUGGUGGUGGAUAUGGUGGUGGUGGCGGAGACGGUGGUGGAAACCGAGGUGGUGGAUAUGGUGGCGGGAACCGAGGUGGUGGUCAUGGCGAUGGCGAUGGUGCUGAUGGAGACCGAAACUAA